CUGAUUUGGCAACAAGGCAUUGCAAACAUUCCUUCUGUUUGUUUUCGAAAGAAAAUAGAGACAAUUAUCAACAUCUCGACGUGAUAUACCUGUAUAAUGAUCGAUUUUAAACAUUUUUAUCUAAGACAAUUAAAUAGUUUUAGUUAAAUUAGUAGAAAUGAGUGAAAUUAUUAUUUUGCUUCAUUAUGAGUAAAGACAACAAACGAUUUCGCCAAAUCAGCUUAGCAGAAAGUUUUUCCUAUUCUAAGAAAUCUAGAAAUAGUCACUCUCAAACUUCGACUAUGGAGCAGAACCUUCGAGAUUUACUUGCUGCAGCAGCUGAGAAGAGGAUUACCAAAGCUGACAAAAUUGUUGACGACAAAAUACAUCAUAAUUCACGAACUUCAACUCAAGAUAAAACAGAAAUAUGUGAAGAUUCAGAACAGAUAUUUGUGGCCGACUCUCAAGAACUCUUUAGUGAUUCUGAUGAGUUAUUUCCAACCACAUCAGUUGAUGAAAUACCCCCAACUCCUGAAGAAACUUUGGACUCCUCAGAUUUUUGUAGAUCUGCUGAUAUAUUUACGGAGAGUAGUUCUAAGAUGCAGCCUCCAUUAGAAAACGACACAGAGGAGGAGCAAUUUAAUGAGCUGUCUUUUUUCAAUCGAAUACCUGAUUGCAGACUUCCUUUACCUAAGAUGGAACCUUCAGAAAAUCACUCUAUUAUGUUUUCGCCUCAUAUUCGUCCUGGAGAUGCACCUCGUCCUUAUCCAAAUACUUAUCGUGACUUUUGGGGAUAUGAUCAUGUUCGAAUGCCAUGUUCUCCCCUAAGUAAAUAUCCUGUUUCAGAUAUGAGAGGUGAAAGGCAAAUAGUAAGCAGAUGGGAAUUAAUUUGCCGCAGUCUUUGUAGAACCAUUGAAACAUCUGAACAACUUGAAGAAGCAAUCAUGGAAUACAAUUCUCAGUACAGAAAUCUUUGGAACUUUAAUGCAUUGCACGCAUUUUUUAACCAGUGUCUUGAAGACCAUGAACGUGUACAUUUUUUUGAGACAAUUCUUCCAGUGAUGAUAGAAAUAGCUCUAGAUUUACCUAAUAUCUGCACACAGCCUCCUCCUCUAAUGAAAAAGAAUAAAGAUAGGUAUGUCACUAUGUCACAGAAACAAAUUGGCUGUCUUUUACUGAAUGCUUUUUUCUGCACAUUUCCUAGAAGAAACCAUUAUCCCCGAAAAGAAAAAUUUGAAUAUUCAAGUUAUCCUGAUAUCAAUUUUAAUCGGCUCUACUUUGGUGUUAAGAAUAAAAUAGUCCCUCGAAAUGCAGAGAAGUUAAAGUGCCUUUUAAGUUAUUUCAGACGCAUCACGAGUCAAGUGCCCAGUGGAACUGUAACAUUUCAUAGGCAAUCUCUCAAAAACUUGCCUGAAUGGAAAUAUUCAAAAAAGGGUUUAAAAACUGCAAUUGUAAAGUCUAGUGGUCUAAUAGAAACUGAAGGUCAUGGCAUGUUUCAGGUUGAUUUUGCCAACAAAUUUGUUGGUGGUGGUGUAUUAGGCCAUGGAUGCGUACAAGAGGAGAUACGAUUUAUCAUUUGUCCAGAGUUGAUUGUGAGUCGUCUUCUUGUAGAAUGCCUGGGUCCAACAGAAGCCCUUAUAAUUACAGGUGUAGAACAAUAUAGUAAAUAUAGCGGUUACAGUGAUGACUUUACAUGGGAAGGAAACUUUGAUGAUCCAACUCUUCGAGAUUCAUGGGGACGAAAGUGUACUGAGAUUGUUGCCAUGGAUGCUACUCACUUUAGAAGCACCAAUGAGCAGUACAAGUCAUUCCGCAUCGAGAGAGAAUUGAACAAGGCAUUUAGUGGAUUUUAUGAGGAUGCCAACCCAGAGAAUUUAUCAGCUGUUGCUACAGGAAAUUGGGGAUGUGGUGCCUUCAAUGGUAAUCCUCUUUUAAAGUUCUUAAUUCAACUGAUAGCAGCUUCUGAGGCUGGUCGUGAUAUGGUAUACUUCACUUUUGGCAAUCGGACAUUGAAGAGAGAGCUUCAGGAUAUUUACGACCUUGUUACAGAGAAGAAUAUAAAUGUUGGAGAUAUGUGGAAAUUAAUUAUGAACUACAGCAACACUGCUAAAGUUCAACCUAUAUCAUACAAAAUAAAACCCACAUUAACUGAAUUUAUAUCAACAGUGCUAUCAGAAGAAUACACUGAAGAUUCGAUAAUGUUUAAAGAUUCUAGUCAAAGUUCUGAAAUUAGUAACAGUGAGCAACUUGCUCUGGUUAAGUUAAUAGAAGAUGUUGAAGAUAGCAGUUCAACAGAGAUUGAGGAAAGUGAGGACACAUUAGUGAAUGAGCCUGGUUAAAAAUAGAUAUUUAUUAAAAAUGUUUUUAAAAUCUUGUAUGAUGAAAAUAAAGAUUAUUUUAUGCUUUUA